AUGACGCCUCUGGGUGGAACUGGGGCAACUGCAUUUAUCAUCAUUGUUUAUGGUGCUGGUGAAUUCUCAAAUUUAAGUGUCAUGGCUGUUGAUAGGUACAUAGCGAUCUGUCAACCUUUACGUUAUCACAGCAUUAUGUCACCUUUCACUGUGUGGAGCCUGGUGACUUUUAUUUGGAUAUAUCCUUGUUUUCUGAGUAUACUGGCCAUUUUAGUUGCUAUGAAAUACCCUUUUUGCAGACAUGACAUAGUUAAACUUUUCUGUGAAAACCUGUCCUUGGUUAAUCUUCAGUGCAAACAAGAUCAUUUAAAUGGGAUUUUUAAUGGAUGGAUGUAUGUCACUGCAAUUGUCUUAAUUAGUUUUGUUCUGAUUUCCUAUUUUAAAAUAAUUCUAGCUUGUAGAAAAUCUAAAGUAAAUCAAGAGAAGUUCUUCAGCACAUGUGUACCACACUUGAUUUCCUUUCUGAACUACAUAGCCUGUGUUUUUUUUGAUUCCUCCCAGACAGAAUUAAGAGCAAAAACAUUGCCUCGCAUGUUAUAUACUUUUUUAACUGUUAUAUUCCUGAUUGUUCCCCCUGUUGUCAAUCCUGUAAUAUAUGGUAUUAAAUUAAGCCCAGUAAGGGCAAAAAUACUGUGUAUUUUCCGAAGUUUUAGGAUUAAGAACUUGUAG